CUCUAGUACUCUUUGGUUAUCAUUAUCACUAAAAUGGGGACGCUGUCCUUUACAAUAAAACCCAAUUUUUUGGGUUUAUUAAAAUUUUUAAACAGUAUGAAUUGGUUUAUAGUGUUUUUUAGUUUAAUAAAUCUAUCCCUUUGUAUAUAUGAAGAUCAAAUCGGCAAAUUUGACUGGCGUCAAACGUAUGUAGGCCGUAUUAAAUUUGCCCAUUUCGACACGGUUUCAACAGCAAAAAAGAUAAUAGUAGCGACCGAGGAGAAUGUUUUAGCUGCCCUACAUUUGAAAACUGGACAAGUGGUGUGGAGACAUGUAUUUGAAAGUGCAUCGUCAGGAAAUAUUCAGCUGCUGCAUGUCGAUAGUGAUAAAGUGACAACUGUAACUGGAUCUAAUCCAUACUUAGUUCGAGGAUGGGAUUCAGCUACAGGUGUGCUUAUUUGGGAGUGGCCAAUCACAAUACUUGACGAUGAGCGUGCCCAUCUGUCGGAGUGGUGGGUGCAACAUGGAAUGCUGGUGCAUAUGCUGCCAUCUUUUGGUUCCCAUCUUGAGGUUUCUAUGUACAACUUGAUGACUGGUGCGAACAGAGGUGCCACAUCAAAACUACCAGCAGUUUGGACUAAUGAGGGAUGUAUUUUAACACCGCCAUACUACACCUGUGUCUCUGGGAAGAUGGGAAGCUACCUCCUGCAAUCCAUCGAUGUUACUGCUGAUGCCAUACAGCUUAUAAGCAAACCUUUAUCGUCAUUUUUCAAGGACAAUGAGAUCAUUGAGGGCAAUCUUAGACCAUUGGAUGGACACAGCACAUUAUCUGGCUUUAUUAUAGAUGAUAGAUAUAUACUGUUUAUUAAGAAUAGUGAAUAUCACCUGUUGAAUACAAAGUUGCUCGAUCAAUCGGCUAGUGCUGUUAUAACUGAUGGCGCAAGCGGUCAAACUUUGGUGCAGAUGUGGACACAUGAUGUUAAGGGUUUCUCAAUGAAAGCUCACAACAUUGCAACUGGUAAAGAGAUAUCGGAGAUCUUUUGUUCAGAUGCCACAUUGGAAAUACCGGAACCUGAGAUACUAGAUGUGGUAUGCAUGAACACGGCGAGAGAACAGCCUGCUUGCAGACUAUUGGUGAAUGGGGCUGAUGAUGCAGUUCAUCUGUUGCAGCAAGGAGGCCGUGUACUCUGGUCUCGAGAGGAGGCGUUAGCAAAUGUAGUGGCUGCAGAGUUUGUGGACCUUCCUGUAUCAGACACUGACGCUGCACUCGAAUCCGAAUUUGGAAAAGAAGCUGCGAGGGCCUACAGUUCAAUAUGGGCUGCAUUCAUACGCCGACUGCACACCCAAUAUCAACAGCUGCAAGCGCUGCUCCAGAACCUUCACACGGAGACUAGCAUCCAGGACUCCAAAUCGCCACUUGUCCGUGACUACUUCAACCUGCACAAAAUCAUCGUGCUUGUCACUGAAGUUGGCAAGAUAUUCGGCAUGGACAACUUAUCGGGCGAGCUGCUAUGGCGGCGGUACGAUCCCAGUCUGAACACAGAGAACGUGGUGCUGUUCACACGAAGGACUGCAAGGCAUCCACCGCUCGACGCCUAUGUUACCAUCGUAGGGAAACACGAGGAGACAGGAAACGGCUACAUAAUUAGUUUAAACCCUAUUCGAGGCACACUAGUAGGCGAGCGGACGCUGCGGUUGGACUUGCGAGUGUUGCAGUGCGCCGUGCUUCAUACCGCAGACUCGGAGAAGCUGCACGCUCUGAUACUCCUGGAUGAGGACGAGACUGUGCAGGUGUUGCCGGUGUCGGCUGCGCCGUUGGUACAGAACAUGUACCUGUACGUAGCGGACAAAGAGUCUGGCCACAUGCAGGGCUAUUCUCUCAAGUACGACGGAGCGUCUGUGCGGGCCGCGCGCACGUGGUCGGUGCGACUUGGCGGACGCGUGACGGCGCUCGCGGGUAACGGGCGUGGCACUCACUCGCAGGCGGCGGGCCGGCCGCUGGCAGAUCGCUCGGUGCUGUACAAGUACUCCAACCCCAACCUGGUGCUGGUGGUGUUGGACGUGCCCGACCCCGUACAUAAAGACGUGGUGACAGCAGUUGCUAUCGACGCGGUCAGCGGCGCUAUCGUAGCGGCGUCUUCACACCGGCGGGCGCGCGCGCUCCCAAUCGCCGUGCAUUUCGAUAACUGCCUUGCCUACUUCUACCGCAGCGACAAGCACCGCCGUGUCGAAGUCGCGACAAUGGAGCUCUACGAGGGCAAAGAACGUUGGACGCCGGCUGGUGGUCAGUUCAGCUCGCUGUGGGGCGCGCGCUCUCCCGGCGUGGAGCGACAGACCUACAUCCUGCCGGCCACGCCGCUCGCCGCCACGCACACACGCACUGAACGCGCGCUCGCGGACACGCAUCUGUUGUUGGCCCUCAGCAACGGCAUGAUAAGUGAGAUGCCGUGGACGUGGCUGGAGCCCCGGCGGGGCGCCAGCGAGGCGCGCGAGGAGGGCGCCAUCCCGUACGAGCCCGAGCUGCCGUUAGCGCCUGACGCCGCCCUCAACUACAACCAGACGCUACUGCGCACGCGCCGCGUGUACACCGCGCCCGCCGCGCUCGAGUCCACUAGCCUCGUGCUCGCCGUGGGCCUGGAUAUAUUCUACACUCGAGUGGCGCCGUCGAAAACAUUCGAUCUCCUCAAAGAAGACUUUGAUUACAAUCUUAUUACGAUAGUAUUAGUGGCGCUAAUCGUAGCGACCUACAGCACCAAAUAUUUCGCGUCCCGGAAGAUGCUGAAGAUGGCGUGGAAGUGAUUGAAGUUCCAGUAUUGCGGGAGAUUAAACUGUAUUGCUUGGUGUUACAACUGGUUCUUGGAUGCCGGAAAAUUUUAUAUCUUUAUAUAGUAUUGUAGGUAAGACUAACUAACGGAUUAAGGGCGGUUCCACACCGGGAAAUAAAGCUACGGAACGAAAUGUAAAGACGUUUCCGUUUACCGUCGAUCUUUAUGGACAAUAUGAACAAGAAUGAUGAGCAAGAUAUAUAACCUCUGAUGUACAAGCCUCGUGCUACGUACAAGGGUUUUAAUUUUACAUUAGAUGACAUGAUAGCUUUUUAUGUUAUCAGUAGUCGGAUUUAUACAGAACUUAUAUUAUUAAUAAUAAUAAUUAUGUAUCUCAGACGCUUGAUUCAUAGUACAAACACAAUAAAAAUUUAAUAAAAAAACAAUUUUUGUUAUAAAUAUCUGUUUCUUAACUUAUAAAAUAAUUUAAACAUUUUCGUCUGUAUUACGUCUACAGAUAUCUAUCAAUUGCUUCUUGACUCUCAAACUUUUUGUGAAGGCAAAACCAUGGAUACAUUAGUGGGCGCUUGUAGCAACAUGUCGCUGAACCAUAAACUUAUUAUACUAGUGUAAUAACAAACACUCUCCUCAUUACGGCGAGACUAAAUUAAAAAUAUUCAUGUGUGCUAGUUUUACAGAUGUGUGAGUGAGUUAGUGAAGAGUGUAGUAUUUUUCUUUAAGACAAUGCUUAUUACAAAUAUUGAUAAACCGCAUCAUAUUCACGUGUACAAUAUUUUAUUAUCUACCACAUAUUUUUCUUAAUUAAUAUAAUCUUUAGAAAAUUAAGUAUUUACUGCGUAUAUAAAAUGCAAUACAAAAAAUUUUAGUGCAUAUGUUCUACGAAUAUAAACAUAGAAGUAGUAUUGAAGAAUCACUUUUGGUUUUUACCUUUGAAAUGUUUCAUUAGUUGGAUUGUUACUUAUACACUCGAAUACGAUAUAUCGAAACACGAUACCAUUAUAUUUUUUAAUUAAUAUCCGUUAAAACGCAGAACAAUAGCGAUUAUAACACGGUCCAAUUUGAUAGGAGACUAAUGGACACUAAAUUGUUUCAAAACGGUUUCAUGGUUUUCAUCUAUUCCUUCUCUUUCUCUCACUUUAACAGGGUUUGUCUAUUACGUUUGUAUGCUAAGAUUAUGCGUUGAACAGACAUAAAUUAAAUAAUAAUUAAUUUUCUUUAAAACGAAAGCAAUAAUGUUAUUCAUAGACUGUCUCCUAAUAUAAAUAAUGAUAAAUAAAAUAUAAUAAAUUAUUGUUAUUAUUGCGAACCAAAGAUUAUGGUAGUCAAUCACGAUGUUUAACAAUUGACUAGUUUUGAAAAAGUUGGGUGAAAAAUGUGUCAGUAAAAUCGUCAUAAUAAUGUUAAAAAAGAUCUGCCUACAACAGACAAUAAAGGACAAUAAUGUCACACCAUCGAAAAUUUGUCUUAUUCCUUACGGACGAGUAAAAAAAUGGACUCCGCGCCGUAAUAUUAGUAAGUGAAGCACCGUUAUGCUAGUGUGUGUGCGGAUACGGGGUAUACUAGUUACACGAUUUUAUCUCCCUGAAAUAAUCAUAUAUGGCCACAAAUACUUAAAUAGUAUCGUUUUUACACUUUUACACAACGUAUGACGGCAUUUUUAAAAUAUUUUAUUGAGACGCAAACUGAUCUGUCACAGACGAAUUCUCAUAAUGGCCGCCUAUCGGCCUGUAGUAGUGUAAGCGUGUGCGUGGGGCUAUGUAUACAUGUUAAUCGGCUUGUUUUGGUGCUACACUGUUAUGUAAGGUGACACGGAGUCCUUAUUUUUUUACUAGUCCGUGUUAUAACUAUUAGUUCUAAUUAGCUUCAAAUGCUUUCUGAUAGAUAUUUAUAUGACUAUAUUAGUGUAAUACCUCAUAAAAAGUAUAAAUAUUUAUUGUAACAUUUUUGUUGGUACUCUUCGCAACUAGCAAUACACUUCAAUCUCCCAGCGGUGUUAGUCUUUAUAUAAAUUAUUAGAGGUGAUUGCAUGUAUUUAAUCAUAAGUAUAUUAAUAACGGGUAGGCUAAAUUAUUUCUUGGCGUUUUAUGCCAAUAUUAUGUUCUGAAUAGAAUAGUUAAACGAAAUCUAUGUGUUCACAUGGUUUAGAGUUUAAAUUUGUUUAUUUGUAAACAAUUGUGAUUAACGAGGUAUUGGGUGGGAAUUUCGAUGCAGCGAACAACCGGUCACAAUUAAGUACUUGUUCAUUUUGAUUCGCGGGCGCAUUCACUAAAUAUCAAACAGGCUAAAUAAGGAUGAACCCACCACUGUUUCCUUUUUUUCUCUUAAACUUUCUUUUCUUCAGCAGUAGUGCUAUCUCUUCGAGGUACGGUUUGAUACCGUCUCAGUGUGGUGUGGCGACUCUGGUGUCUGUGUGGUGUCUAGUUUGGUAGAUUACGGACACCACGGUGGCGGGACUAGUUGCACCGCCAUGGUUUCCCGGUGAAAUAUAGCCCUAAGUCAACAAGCACUAAUAGACCAUGUCGUAUGGUUUGUACGAUUUGUCCUCGGAUUGUGACUGUAGUUAAUAUAAUUAAAUUUGGUCAAAAAAAGUCACAUUUGUGUCAAAACGUGCUGCUAGGAAUGUUCGAAAGCUACCUAUUUAUAAAUCUUAAUCUAUAUCAUUUAUUGACUUGAAUUGUGCAAAUCGUUAAAUCAAUUUGUAAUACGUUUUUACCCCAAAAUCUUAUUAAUAUAUACUUCCCAAUUCUAUUAUAUUAUGAUAGUUAAAAUGGGAUCCAUUGGAACAUUCAUAUAAAUAUGUGUUAUUUCCUUAAUAUGAAAGGCCUAGACAAUUCAAACAGAAAUAAUAAUUUAUCAAUAUGAAUUCGAGUUUUGUGCUACAGAAGAAAAUAUACAAAUUUCAAUGAAUUUAUAUUUUGCGGGAAUAAACGUUUGUUUUUUUUAAUUUAUUUAGUAAAGUGUCAUUGAAUUUGCUCUACAAUUUAGCUAAUAUAACUUAUAAUUGUGUGAUAGAAAAGUGAAUACACCCAUAAAUAUGAUAGAUAGUGCAAUUUAGAUAUAAAUAAGUAUGGUUUUAUAUUAUAAACUAACAUUGUAUACAUCAAUAUUAAAUUAUUGUCUAACAUCUUUGUAUGACAUAUUUCUACGAGAUGAAAACUUUGUUUUAUUGGAAUCAAAAUGCAUUAAGAAAAAAACUAUUUAGUUUGAUUGUAGGAAAAAAUAUAUAAAUCUUUUCGUGAUAUCACGAGAGAAUAAAUACAUGUAUUCUUAUUUCGAUAUGGUCGAGAGUAAUAUCACGGUGCGAUUACAUAGCGUAGUGUCCAAAAUGUGUGGCUCGUAACUGUACAACUGUACUUGUAGAAGACUUAAAUAAUCCUCUAGUGUUAUAUAAAUAAUUACAUAUUAACUGUGUACUGAUCAGUUUUGCUUAUAUUUAACCUAGAGCGAGAACUUUAUUAUCUGAAGGUAUAUAGAAGUAAAGGUAAUGGGGCCGUGUCUAGCACGCACCCAACUAUUAAAAAUAUCUGCACGAAUCGCUUUCAUACUAUUUGCAUAGAUGUACGUCCUAUGCUAGUACAUUGUAUAGGCCGGUACAUGUACGUGCUGUGAGUCUUUUUGGACAGAAUAUUGUUGCGAAACCACAUCGCGGGUUCAGAAAAAGAGAGAAUUAUUAUUGUUUCAUUAUUCAAGGUAGUAUCCCAAUUUAAUCUCAUGGGGAUCCAGAUUAGAGUAACUUGCAGAUGGUCAGGUUUACCGGAUACUGUUAUACCGAUCCGGUGUCGGUGUGACAACGGCCUUAUUAUUAUUAAAAACUGGAGUGAAAAUGAACAACAAAAUAAGACAUCCCAUCGAAACAGCGUCAGUUUAAACGGAAAUGCCAAAUUUACUGUCUCCAAAUAAGUUAAAAUUUACUGCGUUUAUACUCUAUUAUUGUAUAAAAAAAAUAAAAAAAGUAGUUCGAACUACGAUUUGGCGGCGGAGUGCCGCGGCCGAUUGUAGUGCGACGUGGGAUAGAUGGCCUAAAAAUUUGGGGCGAUGUAAUAAAAGUUUCACUUUAAAAACUUACCAAACUAUCUUCUCUCUUUUUGUGUAAUUUCGAAAUAUGUCGCAGCGACAAAACGUGCAUUUAAAUACCGGUCUCCGUUAUUUUGUUCGGUUCACUCCGCCAUUGGCAGAUCUGUUUCUUUACACGGACCGGGGGUCUUAUAGCAACGAUGCCUAAUUGUUGUUAGUGUAAGCGCAGCUCAAAUAUUCUUAUAUAUUUUCGAGACGAACUUAGGCGGAAUCGCACCUGUGUUACCAAUUAAUUAGUUUCUUUUAUAACAAUACAUUGUGUUUAUUGGCUCGUAGAUAUUUGCAUUCUCACGGUCACAUUAUCUUUGCACACCGUCAGAAUGCGAUGCCAUUCCUACUUACUUCCCUAAAAGAUCGAAAAAAGUAUGCAACAAGUACCUAGUGCGUUAAUAUUUCUAGUGAUUCUUUUUUUUCUCAGCGUACUACAGAGGCACAUGUUAUUAUCGACGCCCACGUGCACAUAUAAUGUGACUGGAUUGGUCGUAAGUGGAUAAUUUAAGUGAUUUAUUAUAAUUAUUCCAUGUUCUAGUGAUUUUUUCAUUUGUUAACAAUAUUUCAAUGUUAUUAAGAUUAUUUAUUUAAAAAAAACUCUUGAAUUUCAUUACAUUCACAAAGACAACGUAACGAUGGUUUUGCAUUUAAAUAUAAACAAUUUUAACAUUAGUACAAUUAUUAACAGAUUUCAAAAUUAGUGAUGUUCUGAUUUCGCUGCGCUUUUUCUUAGAUUGUACGGUUGUAUGCUAAAACUUGAACAAAAUAAAGGUUAUUAUGUUGUAGGAUUUUUUUAAAUUUAUAUAUGAAGGUAAGGUUUACUGCUAAAUAAAUUAGAAAAAGGCACGUUAAAAUCUUAUGACAUCACCAAUUAUUAAAGCUCCACGAAAACUUUCCAGGUAAUCUCUUUUUGGGCAGCAAGUGACUGUAGAUACUAUAUAUAUUUUGGAAUAUUAGUAAUAGGUAUUAUUUACAUAUAAUAUAUAAGCCUUCAGUUUACUAAGCUCGGGCUGUGACUCAUCUGCAGCCAAUAUAUGAUACAAUAUAGUGUUACUACAGCUGAAAGUUGACAAUUAAGCCACAGAAUAUGGGAGGGGAUAAUGUUCUUAAGCUACCGAAACAGCUCGUGAAAAACUAUAGUAUUGUAUUAUGUUACUGAAGCGAAUAUCCCACAUUAAAUAAUAGUGGUUUAUGUGACUGUACAUAAUGAAGGGCAUUAAACACGUGUUUGAAUUUCUAAUUAUGUACAGUUACAAACACUUCUUUAUCUACCCACAUAUCAUAAGCAUGAUGCAUUCAGGAGCCGCUUAAUAUUACGAAGUUUUCUGGCAUCAAAGCAUCUAUAGAGCAUAUAUAGAGUCGGCCCCAACUAUCAUAUCGUUCGAUAUCUUACUCAUGUUCAACAUUUGUCAAAUUCGUUUGCAAAUUAACAUGUCAUUUCGAACUAAACGUCGCCUCGACUGAUAUUAGAAUAGAUGUCAAAUAAAAUUUCUUUGUUUUUCCGAGAUGUUCGAAAUUUGAAUGAAAUAAUAUAAUCGAAGUCGAUGUUAUUAUUUAGCAAUAAUAACAUUUUUGUCAUAAUGUGCGGUUCUUAAAGUAUCAUAGAGGGCUUAUGAUAUUUGAGUUGAUUGAUAUUGAGUUUACGUUAUUUUAUUGGACAUGGGCGAAAUUUAAAAUUAAUUAAUUCCGACGUUUUGCGUUACUUAUGGCUAGCAUUAUACAGGUGAUUGGAAUAUUCCACGCGAUACAUCUGAAUAAGAUGUUAACAAUGUUAAACUUCAGUAAUAAAGAUUGUCAUGUCUCUCGCCCGGAGCAGCGAUCUGUAAACUUAUACAAAUGAUUUAAGUUUUCUUUAGUGUUAAUUCCGCCAAUAUUUGUUUUUAAAAAACAAUUCGACACGUGACAAUUCAACGCGACAAUUCGUUAGUCUCGUGCCAGAUUUUGGCAAGACAACACGUCCUGAGGAUGCCUCGUGUAGAGGCGAAACACGUGUCGAAUUGUUUUUUUAAAACAAAUAUUGGCGGAAUUAACACUAAAGAAAACUUAAAUCAUUUGCAUAGUUAUGGAUUUCCGCAAAGUAACGCCUACUUCAAUAAAUUAUCUGUAAACUUCUUUCUACAACUGCUCCGCCAUUCGUCCAGUAUCAAUCGAUUCUAUUUCAAAUAAUAAACAAAAAUACAAAGCAUAUAUUAUUAUACGUAAUAAUAGUUUUCUUGUAUGAGAUUGAUCAAACAGUUACGGGAAGUUAUUUCAUAGUUAUCUUCGAAGCAGAUGUUUUAAUGUAUAAUAUUGUUUUCAGUGAUAUGUUUUGUAAAUAAAUUUGAAUUACCUCCUGU